AAGGGGAGCAAGAGAUACCAUUAUUUUCUUUUUCGUGUCCUAUUAUCAUUGUCUGGAUUUUUUUUUUCUUCGGUUGUGGCGAACGGACGGACUGGGAGCGUCAUUCAGCAUUUUAUCAUAUAUGUUCUUUGCACAGCAUCGGUCGGUGGCUAAGCAAAAGAGGAGGAGGGAGGAGAGAGGAAAGGAAAGGGGCCCUUUUUUCCCCCCUUUUCUGGUCACACUUUUCUCAUCACAUAUCCCGUUUGCGGUCCGGCAUAUCCCUUUCUUCACAUUCUACUUCAUUUUCUCAUCACACUUGCUUAUUACGCAACUGGCUGGAGUUUUUUUUUUCAUUUUCUUUCUGUUCAAGGGAUACCAAUUGUUUACAUCAUUUAGGGUUUGGAAGGGAAGGGGAGAGAGAAACCGGUUAUGGAACUUGAGAGGAUGGUUGUGGCUGCGGGGGCGGUUUAGAUAGGGGGCGGUUGGUUGGGAUGGUAGGAUGGAUGAAUUAUAUGGAUGGAUGGAUGAUCAUUUCGAGUUGGGGACUUAUCACCAACAUGGACCUAUACUACGGGCCGCCCUGAUUGAAUUAAGGGAGCAAAAAGGGAAACGAUCAAAAACA